AUGGUGAGGAAGGAGGAGCAACUGUGCGUCCUGAUUGAGUUAUUAAAAGAGGCUCCGACUGUAACCCGCUCUGUGCGCUCGGAAUUACACACUUCGGGCGUUGACCAUCAGCAGCGUGUUUCGAGUUCUGGCUCAAGCUUUUCUAUAUGUGAUAUAGAUUGGUCGACUGCUGCCUGGGUUGCUGGUGGAGCAGCUGUUGCAGUGGUCGGGGCCCCCGUUGUCGUUGGCUUUGCUGGGUUCACCGGUGCUGGAGUAGCAGCUGGGUCCAUAGGAGCUCAUAUGAUGUCUGCGGCUGCGAUUGCCAAUGGAGGAGGGGUAGUGGCUGGCAGUGCUGUGGCAGUUCUCCAGUCUAUUGGAGCCGCUGGAUUAUCUGCUGCUGGUACUGCUGCUGUUGGAACCGUCGGAGCUGCUGCUGGCUACAUAUCCAAAAUCGUUUAUGAGAGUUCUUCAGAUAAGUCCUAAAUCUAACAGGCUGCUUGCAAGUAGACACACAGUAGAAGACAGCCAUGAUCACAGCAAAAUAGGCUUUCUCUCUUUGGAAUAAAAGAUUAUUUACAAAACUGUUUGUAAGAUGUUACAGCAUAUAAUUUUAGAUUAGUCUUGCUUAGUCUGUAUUUCAAUAUCUUCUGAUUUAUGAAACAAUCUUCAUUGAGGAGUUGGUUAAAUAUUCUAAACACGUGUCUAGAAAUGAAAUGGAAAAUAUUGUAAAUGUGGAGUGGAUGACUGUCAUGAACUGUCAAGUCACUGUUUCACACCACAUUUGCAGCCAGAGCUGGAUAUUUUCAGCUCUGUUUAAGUUUCAGAUUUCUAGCUUGUUCAAUAUUUUUCGCUCGAAAUGCACUACUGCAAAGUCUGAAAUUGUGCCAUUCUAAACCUAGCUACGGGGUAAACGGAAGCUCUGUCAUAGCAUUCCAUAGAAUGUUUUACAGGGUUGGUUAAGUGAAUCAGUAAAUAAAUGGUCAACAUGUUUUUGCGUGGUCUGUCAUCUGUUCAUAUAGAGCUUGACUAUUUCAAAUGAUUAUCAAGGGAUUGUCCCAUGGUAAACAAUGCCAACCUUGAAAUGUAAAGAUACUGUAAAUACUACUUUAUUUUAAAAUGACUGAAAGAACUAGAUUAUGAGAACACUCAGUUCUCUUUUAUUGUCAUUUAGAAAUGAUACAAUGUUUCUCCAGAGUGAUAUCACAGAAAACAGGACAAUCCAAAGACUAACACUGACAGAACCACAUAAUUAUAACAUAUAGUUACAACAGUGCAAAGCAAUACCAUAAUUUGAUGAAGAGCAGACCAUGGGCACGGUAAAAAAAAGUCUCAAAGUCUCAGUCGACUCCUGAGUCCCCGAUAGCAGGCGGCAAAAGGGAGAAACUUUCUGCCAUAAACCUCCAGGCACCGUCAACUUGCCGAUGCAUUGGAAGCAGCUGACACUGAGUCCAUCUGUCCGAAAACUUCGAGCCUCCGACCAGCCUCUCCGAUACAGCCUCCCGAGCGCCUUCAACCUCUCCCCGGCUGCUGAGACACGCAAAGCCGAGGAUUGCGGGGCCUUCUCUUCCGGAGAUUCCGGUUACCACACAGUAGCAGCGGCAGCAAAGCGGGCAUUUCAGAAGUUUUCCAGAUGUUCCUCCGUGCUGUCACGUCUGUCUCCAUCAAAUCAGAAUUGUGCACGGUCCUCUACUUGACAGAUAACAGACAUCACCACUGAAGUGGCCGCGCACGCUGCCAUCGCACCGCCAUCUUCUCCUUCCCUUCCAACUAUGGACUUCUUGGGGAUUACAUGAUGGUUUAAGUAAUUAUCUC